AUGUUGUUCACCCAGUGGGUGUCCAAGUCUAUCGUAGCCCAGGCUUUCUCGUCUCUGAUAGAGACAAGCCGAGCAAUUCCCUUCAACGACUUCCACCACCAGAUCCCACACACACCCCACAAACAUCCUCGAGACCUGAGCACGAAAGAUUUGAUUGCUCGAGAUAGAGUAGUUUCCAAGAGCUGCACUAAGCCUGGCCAACGAAGAGAAUGGCGUUCGCUGAACACGGCCGAGCAGGAAGAGUAUAUCUCGGCCGUCAGAUGUCUGGCCACUAAGCCGUCGAGGCUGAACCUGACCACAACACUAUACGAUGACUUCCCUUACGUACACAACGAGUUGAACCGUAAAAUCCACUUCGUAGCCUCCUUCCUCCCCUGGCAUAGGUGGUUCAUCCACAUCUACGAACAAACCCUUCAGGGUGACUGCGGCCUCUCCUUUCCCAUGCCCUACUGGGACUGGACCCUCGACGCGGGCCACCUGCCCGAUUCCCCCCUGCUCUCCGGGUCCGCCGAAACCGGGUUUGGCGGUACAGGCCCGGGAGGCUUCGUCUCGCCCUCCCGGCCGAACCCGCUGACCUCGUGUGUACCCGACGGCGCCUUCGCCGACCUCACGGUGGCGUAUUACUCGGGCGCGAUGAGGCCACACUGCCUGAACCGGGACUUCGCCGACGGCUUCGGGGACCCGGACCACCCUGAGCGCGGUGCAAAUAUGUCGGCGUACUACUAUACGCCGACUUUUGUUGCCAACAUGACGGGAUCCAGCACCGAAUUUGUCACAUUCUGGCGCGCCCUCGAGAACGGACCCCACGGCGCCAUCCACAAUGCUAUCGGCGGUGACAUGAUCCCGGGGACGUCGCCCAACGACCCACUGUUCUUCAUGCACCACGCCCAGGUCGAUAGGCUGUGGUGGUUGUGGCAGCAGGCGGACCCGUCCGCUCGUGAUGUCGACUUUGGGGGCAACAGGGACCUAGUGACAGACCCGACACAAGUGGACACGGCGGAGCAGGCCAUGCUGACUGACAGGCUGACGUUCCUGGGCGUGGGGGACAACGUCACUGUCGACGACGUUAUGACGACCAAGAACAGCCUCCUGUGUUAUUCGUACGAGUAA